UCCUGCUCGAACAAACAGAAACAGAGGAGGAGUUCGUCCGCCGCACGUGGCGCACCAUAAAAAUCCCCAAACCAACUUCCUCAAUCUCCUCCAUGUUUCCUCGCGCCGUCGCUUUCCCCCGCAUCUUUUCCCUCCUCCACCUGCCUUGGCCGCGAAGGCGCCACCUUUACCCAGACCCGCCGGCCGAUCGCUGCCUCUGCGCCGCUCCUCUCGUCCCUUGUCGUGUAACACAAGGCUCCUGCUUUCGGUGUGGACUUCCAAGGCAGGCGUUGGGGAAGGGAAGGCUCAAUUAGUUUUCCAUAGAUUAAUUUCGGUACUCGGAGGGGGGAUGAUGGGGUUGGGGCUGGGCGACCCGCCGGCGGAUUACGGCUCCAUCAUGGCGGUGGGGUUGUUCGUCGCGCUCAUGUGCAUCUGCAUCAUCGUCGGCCACCUCCUCGAGGAGAAUCGCUGGAUGAACGAGUCCACCACCGCGCUCUUGCUUGGGCUGGGCGCUGGCACGGUCAUCCUCUUCGCGUCCAGCGGGAAGAACUCGCGCUUAAUGGUCUUCAGCGAGGAUUUGUUCUUUAUCUACCUGCUCCCGCCCAUCAUUUUCAAUGCAGGGUUCCAAGUGAAGAAGAAACAAUUCUUCCGCAAUUUCAUGACUAUUACAUUGUUUGCCGUAGUUGGGACCUUGAUCUCCUUCAGUAUAAUAUCACUUGGUGCCAUGGGGCUAGUAUCAAGGCUGAACAUAGGCGCCCUUGAGCUUGGAGACUACCUCGCACUUGGGGCAAUAUUCUCGGCAACGGACUCUGUUUGCACCUUGCAGGUGUUAAGCCAAGAUGAGACACCUUUCUUGUACAGUUUGGUGUUUGGUGAAGGUGUUGUUAACGAUGCGACAUCAGUUGUGUUGUUCAAUGCAAUCCAGAACUUUGAUCUUGGAAAUUUCAGUAGCCUCAAAUUCUUACAAUUCAUUGGAAAUUUCCUCUAUCUAUUUGGCGCCAGUACCUUUCUUGGAGUAUCUAGUGGACUUCUCAGUGCUUAUGUCAUCAAGAAACUGUACUUUGGCAGGCACUCCACUGAUCGUGAAGUUGCUAUUAUGAUGCUCAUGGCUUAUUUAUCUUACAUGCUGGCUGAAUUGCUUGAUUUGAGUGGUAUUCUCACGGUUUUCUUCUGUGGUAUUGUAAUGUCGCACUAUACCUGGCACAAUGUAACAGAGAGUUCCAGGGUCACAACCAAGCAUGCCUUUGCCACAUUGUCAUUCAUCUCUGAGACGUUUCUCUUUCUCUAUGUUGGCAUGGAUGCAUUGGAUAUAGAGAAGUGGAAAAUUGUUAGUGAAACAUAUAGCCCAAUGAAAUCUAUUGCCUUGAGCUCCAUUAUUUUGGCGUUGGUGCUGGUUGCAAGAGCUGCAUUUGUUUUCCCUCUAUCUUAUCUCUCCAAUUUGACCAAAAAAACUCCAGGCGAGAAGAUCUCUGUUAGGCAGCAAGUUAUUAUUUGGUGGGCGGGUCUCAUGAGAGGUGCCGUGUCAAUUGCAUUGGCCUACAAUAAGUUUGCAAAAUCAGGGCACACUCAGCUCCCUAGCAAUGCUAUCAUGAUCACCAGUACAAUCAUUAUUGUUCUUUUCAGCACAAUUGUCUUUGGGCUACUGACUAAGCCAUUGAUCAGACUACUGAUUCCAGCGAGGCACCUCACUAGGGAAGUGAGUGCCCUUUCUGAGCCAUCCAGCCCAAAGUCCUUCCUUGAACAGCUGACCGUGAAUGGGCCCGAGACAGAUGUCGAGAAUAGUGUGAGCAUACGCCGCCCGACGAGCCUCCGGAUGCUCCUGGCGAGCCCGACACGGUCAGUCCACCACUACUGGCGCAAGUUUGACAAUGCCUUCAUGCGGCCGAUGUUUGGAGGUCGAGGCUUCGUCCCAUUUGUCCCCGGAUCUCCCACCGAAAGCAGUCUACCAUUACUGGCCCAUGGAAGUGAGAACUAGAGGACUGCACAGACGCAGAAGGGGAGGGUUUAAUAGGAAAAGAAGUUUUGUAAAUUAGCUAUAGUGAGUGUAAUUGCUGUAAAUCUGAGGUAGAACGGUUCUUCGUAGCUGCUAAUUUAGGCUAAUUACCUGACCUGCAUACAGUUGUGCAUAUCUCACCAGCCACUGCACAUUAUAAAGGAGUAUCACGCGAAAA